UCUGAACACCCCCAGGCUCCACUCCUCUCCCAGACUUGGAAGAGAAAAACCCUUCCUCUGGUUUCCAACAAAGGCAAAAGGCAAAACCACCUACCCCACCCCAUCUAGCCAAGGCCUCCUGCUCACCUCCCCCCCAUCCAGCUGCUACCCCAGGAUCAGACCUAGAUUGGUGCCUCUGCUCUCUCCCCAUCUGGGCAGUGUCCCUGGGUUGGGGACCAGGGCCCCCAGAUUAGGUAUGGAUCAGGGUCUCUACCCCCUGCACUCAGCUGGUGUUUCUGGAUCAGGGGCCCUUCCCCCCACAUCUAGCCACGUUCUCUGCCCCCAUCAGCCUGGUGCCUCUGGAUCAGGCCCACUGUCCCCCAUGCAGCCAGUGUCCCAGAUUCCAUGCCCCUGCCCCCCCCUUGCAAAAUUCCAUUCAGCUGUUUCCCCAGAAUUGAACCCAGAUCAGGGCUUCUGCCCCUCAUUCAGCCAUGAGCCUCUGCCCCUCCCCCUGUGUAGCUGGUAUCCUCAGAUCAGAGCCCCCUUGCCCCUGCCUCCAACAAUCCAGUUAGUACCUGGUUCAGGUCCAGAAACUUCCCCAGAAUCAGGGCCAGAACAAGACACCUUGCCUCUCUCAUCCAUUAAUGCCACGCCCCCCCCCCAAUGCAGCCAGAACCCCUGGAUUAGGCUCAGAUUAGGGCCUUCUGCCCUACCCCAUGCAUUUUAUGCCCCAGGAUUAGGGUCUCUCUAACCCCUUCACUCAGCCGGUGUCCCUGGAUCAGGCCCAGAUUGGGGCCCCCAGCCCUCCUCCAUCCAGCCAUGGCCCCCCAUCAGCCUGGUGCCCCUAGAUCAGGCCUGCUGCUCCCCCUCCCCGAUGCAGCCAGUGUCGAAGAUUCAGGUCCUCUGCUCCCCCUCUCCAUCCAAUUAGUUCCCCAGAAUUGGGCUCAAGCUGGGGCCCCUGCCCUUCACUCAACAUAAGCCUCUGCAUCCCUUCCAUGUAGCUGGUGCCUUCACACCAGGGCCCCUGCCUCCCCUCCCCACAUGCCGCUGGUGCUCCAGAUCAGACCUGAAUCAAGGCCCCCUGCCCUGCCCCCUGCCCAAUCCAGUCAGUGCCCCAGGAUCAGACCUGGAUCAGAGCCCUCUGCCCCCCACAUCCAUUCAUGGCCUCCUGACUUCUCCCAAGCAGCCAUGGCCUCUUCCUCAGGCCCAGAUCAGGGUCUUCUGCCAAACCCCAUGAAGCUGGUGCCCCAGGAUCAGGCCCCCUGCCCUGCCUUGCCCUGCCCUCCCAUACAGCUAGUGCCCCCAGAUUCAGACCCAACCUGUGAAGCCAGUGUCCCAGGAUCAAGCCCGGAUUAGGCCCCCUGUCCCCCCACCAUACUGUUUUCCUUGUGCAGUGCCUGGCGCCCCUCCAGUUCUGGAUGCCUGGGUUCCAGACGCACAAUCCCAGCUUGUAUGGCUUCAAUGCUGCCUUUAUGGUGCUGGCAGGAGGGGGAGGGGGAGAGGGAUGGAGAGGAUGCUGCCAAGGCCCAGGCAGGAGCAGGACCAUGGAGCCGGUGUCCAGUACCUGCUGCUGCCUCCUGCUGCUGGGGCUGGCAGCUCUUAUUCCCCCAGGGUGCCCCCUGCCCUGGGAGGCCCUGAAGCGUCCAAUCAGAGCUAUCCGUGCCCAGCUUCCUGUGUCCAGCUUCCAUAUCAACUCCACCAUCAUGUCACGCUAUGCAAUCACACGUUUCCGAGCUGUGUUGAACAACCCCCAUGCUGAGGCCCAGGCAGCUGCCUUCGACCUGGACCUGCCCAGCACUGCCUUCAUCUCCAACUUCAGCAUCACCGUCAAUGGCCGUGUCCAUGUAGCCAAGGUGAAGGAGAAGCAGGAGGCCAAGCAGCUGUAUGAGGCAGCACGUCGCAGUGGCCAGACUGCUGCCCACGUGGGUACCCGGUACCAAGAUAUGGAGAAAUUCCAGGUGUGGGCCAGCGUUUUGCCCAGCGGGACUGUAACCUUCAAGCUAAGCUAUGAGGAGCUGCUGCAGCGCCAGCAGGGCCAGUACCAGCAGGCGCUCAGCAUCCGGCCUGGCGCUGUGGUGACUGACCUAGCCGUGAACAUCCAGGUGGCUGAGCCUGCUGGCCUUGCCUACCUCCAUGUGCUGCCCCUGCGCACCAGCCGCCUGCUCACCAACGCCAUCAGUGGGGAUGCUGACCUACCACCCUCCACCAGGGUGGAGAAGGGGCCCCACUGUGCCCAGGUGGUCUUCACCCCCACACGCGAAGAGCAGGUGACCUUCUCCAGCACUGGCAUUGCUGCUGACUUUGUGCUUCAGUAUGACGUGGCUAUGCCUGAUGUCGCCAGUGACCUGCAGCUCUAUGAUGGCUACUUCGUGCACUUCUUUGCACCCCGCGGGCUGCCCCCUAUCCGCAAGCAUGUUGUCUUCAUCAUUGACAUCAGUGGCUCCAUGGCUGGCACCAAGAUGGAGCAGACCAAGCAGGCCAUGCAGGUGAUCCUGGGGGACCUGCACCUUGAGGACUUGUUCAACAUUGUGGCCUUCUCAGAGGUGGCACAUGUGUGGCAGCCCAGUGGCUCUGUGCCUCCUUCAGCUGCCCACCUCCACGCCGCCAUUGACUAUGUCAACCAGCUAGAGGCCAAAGGAUGGACUGAUAUCCACCAGGCCCUGCUGACAGCUGCCUCCCUCUUCCCCCUACCCUCCUCCUCCAGCCUGGCCCCUCAGCAUUUCCCCCUGCUCCUCUUCCUCACGGUGGCCACGGCUGGUGUUACCUCAGCUCCCUGCAUUCUGGCUGCUGCCCGCCAGGCAUUGGGGGGAGCCACCGUGGCUCUCUUUGGGCUGGCCUUUGGGGCUGAUGCUGACUUUGGCCUCCUUCACCACCUGGCUCUGGACAACCGUGGCCUGGCCCAGUGGGUCCAUGAGGAUACCAACGCCACCCUGCAGUUGGCUGGCUUCUACAACACUGUGGCCGCCCCGCUACUAGCUGACGUGGCCCUGUCCUACCUCCCUGCUGGUGUCUCUCAGCCUGUCUCUCAUGCCCUCUUCCCCCACUACUUCCAAGGGGCUGAGCUGGUGGUAGCCGGGCGGGUGCCACCGGAGGCCUCAGAGCUCCAGGUUGGAGCCACGGGGAUAGGCCGUGAGGGGCCUGUGGCCCUAGAGACCCGGGCAGUUGGGGGGAACCUCACGCAGCCCCUGGGCUGCUCUGCGGGGCCCGGCAAUGUAGGCAGGUUCGUGAGGCGCCUCUGGGCCUACUUCACUGUGCAGAAGCUGCUGGAGGCGCGGGUGCGGGCUGAUGAUGCGGGAGCCCGGAGGCUGCUGGCUCAAAAGGCCACCAGCCUGGCCCUGGACUACAGCUUCGUCACCCCCGUCACUUCCCUGGUGGUGGUAAUGCCUGAGGAGGACAAGGAGGGGGAGGCCCCAGCCCCCAGGAAGGCCCACAAUUCUUUCUUGGUAGCCACAGUUGCUCGGGACCUCUCAGUAGCCACAGUAACCCCUAACCCCUCCUCGGUAGCCUCAAACCCCUCCUUGGUAGCCUCACUGGCACUGGCCCCCUCCUCCAUGGCACCCCUCCUAGGGGGCAUCUCAGUGCCCACAGACUCUGGCCAGGCACCCACGGAGGAACCAGACCCCAUUGUGCCAAGGCCUGGGACCCCCACAGCUCCCAGUCCCCUGGGCAUGAAUGAAACCCAGAUGUCCAGGAAAAAGUCAGGGCCCUUCUCCUGGCCCACAGCCCAGCCAUGGGCAGAGGCACGGGGCUCCGGCGACACCAUCAUCUGGCUGCUGGCCCCUGACACGGAGCUGGCAGUCCCAGAGGACACUGAUGGCAGGUUCAAAGAGUCCCUUGAUCCCCCACCGAUCUACAGCGUCAUGGUAGCUAAUAGGGAGGCAGGUGCCCCAGAUGAUGAUGAUGUUGCAGCCCAGGCCAGGUUCUUCACCUUCUCCUCUUCAGUGGAUGGAGACCCCCACUUUGUAGCCCAGCUGCCGGUUGCAGCUGUCCCUCUCUGCUUCACACUGGAUGGGCACGCAGGGGACACCCUGGACCUGCUCACAGACCCUCAGAGUGGGCUGACAGUAAGGGGCCAGCUGGUGGGUGCUCCCCCUUGGCCAGGUGCACCAGAGCGAACAUGCACCUUCUUGGGCGCAGUGACGGUGGCACUAGGGAGGAUGCAGGUUCAUGCUACGCCUGCUGGGCUGGUGCUGAAGGGACCUGGGGAAGCCCAAUGGCUGCCCUGGGGGGCCCCAGGCCCUGCCCCCAACCCAGGCCUUAAGCCUGGGCUGGGGUUGCAGGUACGGGGGGCCACAGCAGUGCUGAGACUGGCCUCAUGCCUGGCGCUGGUCGUGCGGUAUCAUCGCUACCCGCAGCCCCGGCUCUUGCAGCGUGACCACCUGGGGUUUUACGUGGCUGAUGGGCGUGGGCUGUCACCAAGGGCCCAUGGCCUGCUGGGCCGGCUUCGGAACGGCGAUAUCUGGCUGCGGGCGGGGCAGGGGGCGUGGCUGUGUCGGGGUGGGGCCGCCGUGCCUGCCAGGCCGGGCCUCGCCCCCCGGCCCCGCCCCGCCCCCUGCUGGCUGGUGAGGCCCCGCGAUGCAGCUGCCCUGCUGGGCGGAGCCUACGACGACUUCCUCGCCACGCCCAGGCUGCCAGAGGGGGCGGGGCUGCCAGUUAAAGCGGAAACGUCCUAUGGAGCCAAGAUUUAAGGAGCCGGACAUCUGGGUUCUCCAACUACACCCCGCCCCACUUCUCCCCGCCCGUGGCCGCAAGAGUAGCUGCAGCUUCCCACACAUGGUGGUACUUCUGGGUAUGGGUC